GAUUGAUUGAUUAGUCAUAGAUCAGAGGGGCAGAGAGACUAGAAAAGGCGAGUCCUCCGCCGGAAUAAAAAUCUGUGGGUAUAAAAUAUACAUUACGGUAUUACAACGAAAGAAAGAAAGAAAGAAAGAAAGAAAGGGGCAAUGAGGAUAGUAGGACUGACGGGUGGUAUCGCAUCGGGAAAGAGUACGGUCUCCAAUCUUUUCAAAGCUCACGGCUUCCCCGUCGUCGACGCCGACCUCGUUGCUCGCGAUGUUUUGAAGGAAGGCACUGGAGGUUGGAAAAAGGUGGUGGCAGCAUUUGGUCGGGACAUCUUACAAGACAACGGAGAAGUUGACAGGCCAAAGCUGGGACAAAUUGUAUUUUCAGAUCCUGCAAAGCGCCAACUUCUUAAUAGGUUGCUGGCACCUUAUAUAUCAUCUGGUAUCUUUUUUGAAAUACUGAAGCUAUGGAUGAAGGGCUAUAAGAUUAUCAUUCUUGAUGUCCCUUUGCUGUUUGAGGCCAAGAUGGACAAGUGGACUAAUCCCAUUAUUGUUGUAUGGGUUGAUCCUGAAACAGAACUUCAGCGACUCAUGGCAAGAGAUGGAUCUUCAGCAGAAGAGGCCAAUAAUAGGAUAAAUGCUCAAAUGCCUCUGGAUUUUAAAAGGAGUAAAGCAGACUUGGUGAUUGAUAACACUGGAUCCCUGGAGGACUUGAAUGUCAACUUUCAGAAAGUAUUAGCCGAGGUCAAGAAGCCCUUGACUUGGACUGAAUUUGGGCUUUCCAGACAGGGAGCCUUUCUGGCUUUUAUAUCAGUUCUUGUUGGUGUAGUUGUAUGCAGGAAAGCUUUACGAUAGUAAUAGUCUAGGGCCGUUAUAACUACCUUAAAUAUUUAAUAGAUAAGGUGCAAGUGCAUCACAUUGUUCGACUGUGCUUUAUUCAAUGCAUGAUGUAUAUUUGACAUGACUUGGAAGUAGAAUUUGAAUUCAGAAGGCUGUUCUGUUGCGUGCCUUGAAGAAAAUAAAAAUUCAAGAGGCUGUUAAAUUGAUUAAAA